AUGGCGGAUUCUCGCCAGGGUCACUGCGCUAUGCGCUCCUCUUGUGGUCGCAACGGAUUCAAACCCCUUCCUUGUGUCUAUGACGGCCCAGCAUUUGAGCCAGAGGAUGCUGAGGCCCGAGAGCUUCUUGUUGAUGUUUGCGGCGCCGAAUUUGCGGAAGGCAAUGUUUGUUGCACGUCUGACCAGCUCCAAGCCCUGGAAGACAACUUCAAACUCGUUGAAGGAGUCAUUUCCUCCUGUCCUGCAUGUCGGAAUAAUUUCCGGUCAUUCUUUUGCUCAUUUACCUGCUCUCCAAACCAAGCAACCUUUGUCAAUGUAACCAGAACCCAACAAACGACGCCUGGAAAAAGCGCAGUUAAAUCCCUCGACUUUUUUGUCGGCCAGCAGUAUGGAGAAGGUUUCUUUGAUAGCUGCAAGAACGUUCAAUUUGAUGCUGCGAACUCGUACGCGAUGGACCUCAUUGGCGGCGGAGCCAAAAAUUAUAGCUCAUUUCUCAAGUUCAUGGGUGACGAGAAACCUCUCGUUGGCAGCCCAUUCCAAAUGAACUUCCCUAUGGGCAGUCCUCCCGAAAUUGACGCACUUAAUCCCAUUGCGCGAAAUUGUUAUGACAGCGACUUGAGCAGCAGGUGUCCUUGCAUCGACUGUCCCUCUAUUUGUCCUGCUCUCCCAGAUUUACCCCCACCUGGCUCAGAGCCAAUCUGUCAUGUCGGAGCUAUAACAUGUCUCUCAUUCAUCCUCAUUCUCGCCUACUCUCUUGCUGUCGCUAGCUUUUUUGCUGGUUAUUUCAUCCAAACAACUAUUCGGCGUCGACGAGAGCUCACAUACGAACGCAUGGCUCUCUCUGCCGACACUGCCUCCAUAACUUCUCCUCGAUCACCAACUCGCGGUCUAGUUGGUGCAGCAUCCCUUGCUCAAUAUAUUGACGACGACUCUGCUGCUACCCAGUUCGAAUCCCGCCAUUUAGGCCGCGGUGCAUCUCUCGUUGACCCCAUCGAGACAGUUCAACCACGACAAUAUCCUCUCAACAACUUUCUCCGCCGAGGAUUCUAUCGUCUCGGCUUGGCUACUGCGUCUUCACCUUGGCUGACAUUUGCCAUCGUUUUCCUUGUCAUGGGCUUGCUUAACGUUGGGUGGAAAUAUUUCGACAUAGAAAAGGAUCCCGUACGUCUUUGGGUUGCGCCAUCUUCCGAAAGUCGUCUUCAGAAAGAGUAUUUCGACGAACACUUCGGUCCCUUCUACCGAGCAGAGCAGAUUUUCAUCACCGCUGUUGAUGAAACUGGGGCCGAGAACGAAGAACCAGUGCUUUCCUAUGAUCGUCUACAUUAUUGGUUCAACAUCGAAGAGGAAAUUCGGGCUCUUCGAUCUCCAAAUGGCUAUCGUUUGACGGACGUCUGCUUUAAACCUGCCGGUCCUCGAGGAGCAUGCGUCAUUCAAUCUGUUGGUGCUUGGUUUGGCAAUGACCUGAGCGAUUAUAAUGAAACCACGUGGAAAGACAGGCUCGAAGGGUGCGCCAAACAACCGGUAGAAUGUCGACCUGAUUAUGAUCAACCCCUCGCUCCUCAAUACGUUCUUGGUGGUGUCCCCCAAGAUGGCGACACUGAAAAGUAUCUGGAAUCCAAAGCCAUGGUAGUGACAUAUGUUGUCAGCGAUUCGUUGGAUCCAAGUAUUCAAGCCAAAGCAAUGGAAUGGGAGGUGACACUUCGUCAUUAUCUCCAAGAGCUCAGUGAGCGGACCGCUGCCGAUGCACAACUUAGCAUAGCCUUUUCCACCGGAGUAUCGCUAGAGGAGGAGAUUAACAAGAGCGCCAACAUGGACGUUCGAAUUGUGGUUCUAUCAUAUCUUGCCAUGUUCUUCUAUGUCUCGGUGACCCUCGGAAGUGGUUCCGCAGGGAAAGACGACGAAGGGCUUGUGGCAUCCAUUGUCCAUUGGGCACACAACUUCCCUCGACUUUUCAAAGGCGCAGGCGGGGUAUCUUCGUCUGUGUCUAUGGACUCGCGCGCAAUCCCUCGUUUCUUUCCUCGUCUACCUCGCGCUCUUUUCAUUGACUCCAAGUUCAUGCUUGGACUCUUCGGAAUAGCGCUCGUCAUUUUGUCAGUCUCCUCAUCCGUUGGGUUUUUCUCUUUUAUGGGGGUCAAGGUCACGUUGAUCAUCGCAGAGGUGAUACCUUUCCUUGUUCUGGCUGUCGGUGUCGACAAUGUCUUCAUCUUGGUGCACGAACUUGAUCGUCAAAACUUAUUGCAUGGCCCAAAUGCAGCACCCACUACGCAUGGACCUGGUUUUGCGACACCAAUCUCCCCUACUUCCAACUCACACAGGUCCCCCUUCGAUUCCACUCAAGAUGAUGUCGAUGUUGACGCCGCCUCAAUGCCGCUCUAUCUGUCUGCAGAAGAGAGGGUUGCGAGGACAUUGGCCAAGAUGGGACCCUCAAUCUUGCUGAGUACAAUCACCGAAACUGUUGCUUUUGGACUGGGUGCCCUUGUACCUAUGCCCGCGGUUCGCAAUUUUGCCCUAUACGCCGCUGGCAGUGUUUUCCUAAACGCCGUCUUGCAAGUGACGGUUUUCGUCAGCGCAUUACUGCUGGAUCUGCGUCGGGUCGAGGCCAGUCGGGUUGAUUGUUUCCCAUUCAUAAGGCUUCCGCCUCGAAUUCAACUCCUUGAUGCCCCAGUUUAUGCAGGAGGGCUUGGUCGCAUUGCUCGGUUUAUCCGACGCUAUUACGCGCCAUUCUUACUCAAGCCGAUAGUAAAAGGAGUUACGCUACUCUUUUUCAGCGGAAUUUUUGUCGCCUCCAUUAUCUCAAUGCAACAUAUAGAGCUUGGCUUAGAUGAAAGGCUUGCCCUUCCUUCAGAAUCCUACCUUGUCUCAUACUUCAAUCACCUGGACCGCUAUCUAGACGUUGGACCUCCCGUUUAUUUUGUGUCACGUGACAUAGAUGUAACGGAAAGACUGGGGCAGCAAGCACUUUGUGGUCGAUACACAACCUGUGACGAACUUUCCAUCGCAAACACGUUAGAAGCGGAGCGGAAACGAGCCCAGUCCUCCUUCAUCGCAGAGCCAACUGCGUCGUGGAUCGACAAUUUCUUUGCGUGGCUAGACCCCAACGCGGACAAGUGUUGUCGCGUCCGCAAAACCAACGAAAGCGUGUUUUGCGGCGAACGCGACCCUGACAGUCGAUGUCGUCCUUGCUAUGAGGAUCGACAGCCGCCUUGGAAUAUCACUAUGGACGGAUUCCCUGAAAAUUCGGAAUUUAUGCGGUACCUACAACAGUGGUUAAUUUCACCGACCAGCGAGGCUUGUCCCGCUGGAGGCAAAGCAUCGUUUGGAACUGCUGUUACCAUAAAUGACGAUAAAACUCAAGUCGUUGCGUCGCACUUCCGGACUAUGCACUCUCCACUCAAGACUCAGUCUGAUUUCAUCAACGCGUUCGCUGCUGCUCAUCGCAUCGCCGAUGAUAUUUCGGAACGGACCGGUGCCUCCGUCUUCCCAUACUCCAUUUUCUAUGUCUUUUUCGACCAGUACGCUCAUAUAGUGGCCAUAACACAAGAAGUACUUGGACUUGGACUUGGAGCUGUGCUAUUAGUGACCUCCAUCUUCUUGGGCUCAUGGCGGACGGGAACGAUUGUGACUACCGUUGUUGGGCUUACAGUAGUCUCGGUCAUGGGAGUAAUGGCUUUAUGGGGCAUUAGUCUCAACGCCAUAAGUCUGGUGAACUUGGUAAUCUCCCUCGGCAUCGCCGUCGAGUUCUGUGCACAUAUAGCUCGUGCAUUCAUGAGUGCUGGGUCUGGGUUGCCUAUGGAUCACCCCGCGGGUCAACGAGAACGCGAUGAACGGAUGUGGACAGCGUUGGUAGAUGUUGGACCUUCUGUGCUUUCCGGAAUCACGUUUACGAAGUUGAUUGGGAUGUCAGUCUUAGCAUUAACUCGAUCUCGACUGCUAGAGAUCUACUAUUUCCGCAUGUGGCUGACGCUGAUUAUAUCGGGUGCUCUGCAUGGAUUGGUUCUGCUACCCGUGGUCUUAAGCUUAGCUGGUGGGCCCGGAUUCCCUCAGCAGGAGGCUGAUGAAGAGUGGAUGUCAAAUGCUAUUCGAAACGACUAUGAAUAUGCUCCCUUCCUCGCUGACGAUGAUUCAAUAGCGAGUGACUAA